AUGGACUUCUUGGAGAACGUGGUGUCAAAAGAAAGAACUUUGAACCCGGAGGAACGAGUGGGAGAAGCGUUGAGGCAGGCUGGAGUCUCCAUCACCAUCACGUCCAUCACGGACGUCUUUGCCUUCGCCAUUGGAGCCACUACGAGAGUACCAGUGCUCCGGAGCUUCUGCAUCUACACGACCGCCGGGAUUUUCAUCGUCUACGUCCUGACCUUGAUAUUCAUGGUCCCGAUUCUGUCUUUGGACGAAAGGAGACGAGACAGCGGGAGGGAAGGAUGCUUGUGCCUUCGCUUGCCAGCCGACUACAAGAAGAACCGUUGCUCCCAAAAACUCCUGCUCGAAGUCAUUUUCCGCAGGAUCUUCGGGCCUUUGCUCGUCAAAACUCCAGUGAAGGUCGUUGUGGUGCUACUUACGAUGGGACUCUUGGGUCUCAACUGUUGGGGAUUGUCUGGGUUGAAGAACGACUUCGACAGAACCUGGUUUUUCAAUCCGGGGUAUCAGAGAGACUUCGUGUCCGCUGUGCAGGAUCUCUUUCCAGAAAGCGGCUAUAGAGCUGAUUUUUAUCUUGGGAAUACGGAUUACUUCAGGGAGAAAGAAGCACUGGAAGAGUUAUUCAAUAGACUGUCGGCUCUUCCAGGGAUUAAGAAUGGAUCUAUUGAAUUCUGGCACCACUCUUUCCUGGAGUAUCUCAAAGAAAAAAAAGGCAAGCCUAUCCGAAUAAUGAAUGUUUCUACAAAAGCGAUGCAAUUGACCCUCACAAGACGUCCACCUCCCAUGUGGAUUUGUAAGCAGGCAGAUAUCCUCCUAAAUAGUGUUCCACCUGUUGGAGCGAUGAACCACCCGGGGAAAAUUUCACCUGGCUUGCAAUACAUGUGCGCAAAUGGGUAG